AUGCCCGAGCCUCACUCGCGGCGCGCUGGAGCUUGGAGCAGGGAUGGGACUCUAAAGUCUGAACCCGCGCCACAGUCCACAUCGGCAUCUCGGAGACUCCGCCCACAUUCCCGAACGCGAGACGGCGAGAGCCCACUGCCGUGGCGGAACCACGACCGCUCCGCCGCAUGUUCGCUUCCGCCAAGCCACUAUUCCCGUGUCACCCGGCCCGACGUGGAUUGA